AUGAGGCGAAGAUGGACAAAGCAACCAGCAGUAGACCCACCAGCAGGGACGCAGCUCGUCCAUCGCCUGUGCCCCCACCACAACGUAGUGCAGCGUUUCGCCGUUGAGCAAAAGGACAGCCUGGAUGACCACCUCGACGCCCUCACUCGGAAACUCGCCGAGAAGGAAGGGCGGCUGCGUCUCUCCAAGUCGAAGAUCCGCCAGACACAAAACGAGAUAGACAACCUCCACGCGAUCGACAACGACGUCCGCCAGAAGUACAGGGAGAUCAUGGACUCGUUGAGAACGGACUUGAUGAGCAACGAGACAGAAUGCAAACGCCUCCAAGAACAGAUAGAGUGGGUAUCGCGAAGGAGGGCCGAACUACACGAAGAGGUCCAGCGCGGCGAGAAGCUGCACGGUGAGGCGGCCGUCCAGCUGGCCGCGAACCUGGCCGAGUUUCGGCGCGGCCGUGAGUGCCGGGUGACCGACAAACCGCACAUGCAGAGCUCUAACGACUCGGUUCGCCAAAGGAGGACGCACAUUACUGGCGCAGACCCGGUAGCCUCCGUCAUCAUGAAGUGCAAAACCUGCUCGACCCCGGAGCCGCCCCGCCGUUGUCACCACCAGCAG